GAAAGGAAGAGUGAUGGAGGACGAAGAUGUUGUUCCUCUUCCGGGAUUCCGGUUCCGUCCCACGGACGAAGAGAUCGUUGGGUUCUACCUCCGGCGGAAGGUGGACGAGAAGCCUUUCAGUGUAGAGGUCAUCAAGGAGAUGGACAUCUACAAAUAUGAUCCAUGGGAUUUACCAAAAGUUAGAAGUACUGGUUGUGAAGAGUACUUCUUUUGCCGUAGGGGGAGGAAGUACAAGAACAGCAUAAGACCAAAUCGGGUGACGGGGUCUGGUUUCUGGAAGGCCACCGGCGUCGACAGGCCGAUAUAUGCCGCAGGCAACUCCGGCGACUGCAUCGGCCUGAAGAAAUCCCUGGUGUUCUACUCCAGAGGGAGGACUGCUGCUGCCAAAGGGACCAAAACGGAGUGGAUGAUGCACGAGUUCCGCCUUCCCUGCGACUCACCAUGCACGCAGGAAGCUGAGGUUUGGACGAUUUGUCGAGUCUUCAAGAGGAGUGUCUCUCACAGAGCGAACCCCAACAGUUGGAAAGCAUCAGAUCAUAAGGAGCAAACUCCACCUGAAUCAAGCUCUGAAUCCUUUAAUGGAAACGACUUCCAUGGAGGCCAGUGGAACUCAACCAACCAAGCUUCCAUGCCCUUGUGUUCUGACACAGUUCAGAGUCCAAGCAUGAAUGAAUUCUUCAGCGGAGAUGAUAACUGGGACGAACUAGGAAGGAUUAUGAACUCCAUGAUAUCCAACAUAUGAGUGCCAAGAGAAGAAUAUUGGGGAAUACAAACAGUCCUGCUGCAUCAAAUCAGUUCCUGCAAAGGAAAUUUAGGUGCUGCAAGAGCUUGUCAACGCAGUUCAGACAACAGCUCGAUGCUGACAGUGCCUGCAAUAUAUAUGUUACUGAAUUGUAAUGAAACACUGAUCGUUGGGGACAAGCGAGCAAAGAGAGUUUAGUAGUUGUAUGACUGAUUUAUUAUAUUCUGAUGUAGGUGUGGCAAUCACUUCUAUAUCCAAAGAUUUCCUCUCUUUUUUCUGUUGUCUUUUGGGGUAGAAAAAUCUUCCUUCUUAUGAAGAAUUUUCCUAUUUAUUUUAUUUUUUUGAGCAAAGAAAAAGGAUA